AUGAUCAGCGUUCUUGCUCGGGAGCGGCUAAUUGGGUUCGCACUGGGGACGGCAGUGGCAGGAGUUGUGGUCUUUGACCAGCGUAAAAGAAUCCAUGCUUCAAUCGCUGAUACUUAUUCGAAAUUGUAUCCUCAGUAUCGGGCCUCUACUUUCAGUUCAUUUGUGAGUACUCAUAGCAAAAACUUUCAUUCGAACUUGUUCCAGUUAAAAGUGCCCAUUGCUGAGAAAGAGCCGGGUCCUGAUUUCGGUCAUAUGUGGAACAAGGCAGUGGAUCAGACAUUUGGACCUGUGAUUCAAUCUCUUAGCUCACGUGGAUGGUAG